AGAAGAGGGUGGUUUUUGUAACUGUAAGGUAUACCUGCUUCAAUUAGUUUGGUUGAAAUGCUAUUUUUAUUGCCAUUUAAUGUGCAUGGUCCAUCGUCUGUAUUUUCUAAACCCUUUCCGAAGCUGUAGAGAGCGAACUUACAAAAAUACGGAUAUUUUUUGGCACCCAUGACCGAAACAAUGGCGUUAAGUGGAAACUCUAGAGCCAAAGACAGCAGCUUUCCAGACGUUAUUGAACUAAACGUCGGGGGCCAAGUGUAUUAUACCCGUCACGCCACGUUAAUCAGCAACCCCGGCUCCCUUUUGGGGAAAAUAUUCUCUCCUAAAAAUAACGCAUCGAACGAUCUUGCCAGGGACCCCAAAGGUCGUUACUUCAUCGACCGGGAUGGGUUUUUGUUCAGAUAUGUGUUAGACUACCUCAGAGACAGGCAAGUUGUCCUCCCUGACCACUUCCCUGAGAAGGGAAGGCUGAGGAAAGAAGCGGAGUACUUUCAAUUGCCAGACUUGGUGAAACUCUUAACCCCGGACGACUUGAAGCCCAGUCCCGACGAAUACAUCCACAGCGAUUACGAGGACGGCUCUCAAGGAAGCGACCAGCGGAUGUGCCCUCCACCGUCGCUGGUUCCCGCCGACAGAAAAAGCGGGUUCAUCACAGUCGGAUAUCGCGGGUCUUGUACGAUGGGCAGGGAGAGUCAAACCGAUGCCAAAUUCCGGAGGGUGCCGCGGAUUAUGAUUUGUGGGAGGAUCGCGCUGGCCAAAGAAGUUUUUGGCGAGACCCUGAACGAGAGCAGGGACCCAGACAGGACCCCUGACAGAUACACGUCCCGCUUUUACCUCAAGUUCAAGCACCUGGAGCGCUCUUUCGACAUGCUCUCGGAGUGCGGCUUCCAGAUGGUCGCCUGUAACUCCUCAGUGACGGCCUCGUUCGUCAACCAGCACACUGACGACAAGAUAUGGUCAAGUUACACUGAGUACGUCUUUUACCGUGGCCCGUCUCGUUGGUCAUCUCCACCUUGCGACUGCUGCUGCAAGGGUCACAAAGGUGAAGGCGAAGGUGAGAGUGGAACCUCCUUCAACGAACUCUCCACCUCCAGCUCAGAGAGCCACUCCGAGGCCAGCUCCCCGCAAGGUACCGUCAUCCGCGGCCCGGUCAGCCGACAGACGCAUGUGCAAACGUUGGACAGGCCUCCCAAGAAAGGCCCCGUUCAGCAUCUCCUGCAGCAGCAGCAGUCCGAGCACCGUCGCAAGAGCGACCUUCUCCGGACGCUCACCGCAAGUUCCCGGGAUACCAGCACCUGCAAGAAGCGGCCAGCGAAAGAAAAGUUGACUGUGGAAGAGGAGCUGGAGAAGUGCAUCCAGGACUUCCGCAAGAUCAAGAUUCCCGAGCACUUUCCCGAGCGCAAGUACAUGUGGCAAGCCGACCUCCUGCGCAAAUACCGUCUUUGAGGGACGGCGGUAACCUAAAAGCGCAAGCUACAAUAGCGUACGUGUUCACUACUAAUACUACAACUACUAUCGCUAGU